UACCUCGCUAAACUGAAACUGUUUCGGACAGUGGCCAUGCGCACAGGAGAAGCAGAACAACCGCUCAUUUUGUAGGCUAGUUAGAAACGAAACAUGUCUUACUGUAAAACAAACUGCGUUGAAAAGCCUGUUGCAGCUGCCUUUAAGAUACUUGGGCGUUGCAUCGGUAAAUAUCCUUGGUUGUUUUUAAUUCUUCCUCUGGUGAUAUCGGGCGCACUCGGAGGAGGAUUUUACUUUCUCCAUCAGAGACAAGUACAUGACAUCGAGGACCAGUUCACGCCACUAAACGGCCCAGCGAAAGAGGAAAGGGCGUUUGUCAAACAACAUUUUCCUACGGGCAAAGAUUUCUCCCGCUUAAGGCUCUACACCGAGGGCGUGUAUGCGUCCUUUAUUCUAGUGAAGAAACCUAAUAUACUCACUGUAAAGGCGUUUCAAGAAAUAAUUACACUAGACGAGAGAGUGAAAAGUCUCAAGACUAGUAAAAAUAAUACAUUUGAAAACCUGUGUGCUAAGAAGAAAAACAAAUGUGUGUCUAAUGCCGUUUUAGAUAUUGUAACGUAUGAUGCUAGCAACAUUGAAAAUAUGACUAUAUAUUACCCAUUUCAUGGAAAAACAUUUUUGGGAACAGUUAUUGGCGGUGUUAAAUAUAGACCAGAAACUAAGGAAAUUCAGAGCGCCGAUGCGAUACGAAUGUUCUACUACUUAGAAGAAGACCUUGGAAAUGAAACGGAUGCCUGGCUGAGUUUGUUUAUUCAGACUUUCUUAUCGGAGACAACAUAUGCUGAAUGGGGCUCUGUAUCCAUUUUCACAUCAUUGUCAAGAGAAGAAGAGCUGAAAAAGAAUAGCAAAAGUGUGACCCCCUUGUUUUCCAUCACAUAUUUUUUGGCCAUCAACAUAUCAAUUAUUUCUUGCCUAAGGUUGGACUGUGUGAGGAACAAAGUAUCUGUGGCCAUCUUUGGGGUGUUUUCUGCAGGACUGUCUGUGCUGUCCAGUUUCGGCCUGCUUCUGUAUUGUGGGAUGCCGUUUGCAAUGACUGUGGCAACCUCUCCCUUUCUGAUUCUUGGUAUUGGUGUGGAUGACAUGUUCAUCAUGAUCUCCUGCUGGCAGAAGACGAGGGUUCAUGACAAGGUUGAAGAUCGCAUGGCAGAGACGUACAAGGAGGCAGCAGUCUCCAUCACCAUCACCACUCUGACUGAUGCCUUGGCCUUUUACAUCGGCCUCCUAACUCCUUUUCGCUCUGUGCAGUCCUUCUGCAUGUACACCGGCACAGCCAUCCUCUUCUGCUACAUCUACAACAUCACAUUCUUCGGUGCUUUUUUGGCCCUGAAUGGACGACGAGAGGGAAGCAACAGACACUGGCUUACAUUCAGGAAGGUUGAAACUCCAAAUCCAGACAACAAGGGCAAUGCCUGUUCAGUUGGAGGAGCUUAUGAUCACCAAACAGGUGCAGAGGAGGAAAUGCCCAUCAAUGUUUUCUUCAAGAAGUAUUAUGGGCCAUUCUUAACUAAAAGAUACACCAAGGUCUUUGUUAUUUUGCUCUAUUUUGUAUAUGUGGGUGUGAGCAUAUAUGGUUGUUCUCAGAUGAAAGAGGGUAUAGAUCUGAAAAACCUAGCUGCAGAUGACUCAUACGUUGUUAAUUACUAUGAUAAUGAGAAUCAGUAUUUCAAAGACUUUGGACCAUUUGUUAUGGUAAUUAUAAAAGACAAAACAUUUGAGUAUUGGAAUAAGACUGCACGAGACAAUCUCAUGGGUUGUGUUAGACAGUUUGCAGAUUCAGACAUGGUGCCCGAAAAUAUCACUGUUUCAUGGCUUGAUGCCUUUGUGGAAUAUGGAAAGGGUACUGGUUUUGAUAUGUCAUACCAGAAAAGAUUCAUGAGGUUUUUACCAAGCUUUCUUAAACUGUCAGGCUUCAGUGAAGAUGUUAAUAUUCAAGAUGGUGUGAUUCAAGUUUCCCGAAUCUUUAUACCAACAGUUAAUGUCCGGACUGCAGUAGACGAAAAUAACAUGUUGAACUUUUUUAGAAACACCGCUAGUAAAUGUGGUGAGUCUGCAAAUGGGGUAAACUUAACAGUGUACCACCCAGCAUUCAUUUACUUUGAUCAGUAUGCCGUCAUUGUCAGCAAUACCAUCCAGAACAUCAUAGUGGCUACUGUUGCUAUGCUUGUCAUUGCCCUUAUGCUGAUUCCACACCCUCUCUGUUCUCUGUGGGUGACCUUUGCCAUUGCCUCUGUAAUAGCAGGUGUAGCCGGUUUCAUGGCUUUGUGGAACGUUAAUCUGGACUCCAUCUCCAUGAUCAACCUGGUAAUCUGUAUCGGCUUUUCUGUUGACUUUUCUGCACACAUUUCUUACGCCUUUGUCUCAAGUGAAAAGAGAACAGCCAAUGGAAAAGCCAUAGAUGCUCUCUAUAACCUUGGGUAUCCAAUAAUCCAGGGAGCUUUAUCAACAAUUGCUGGGGUUAUUGUCCUGUCAGCAGCAAAGAGCUACAUCUUCAGAACCUUCUUUAAGAUCAUGUUUCUUGUCAUCUCCUUUGGGGCUGUCCAUGGACUUGUGUUUAUCCCAGUGUUUUUGACAUUCUUUGGGGUUUGUGGAAAAAUAGUAAGAACUGAAAGUGACAAAUCCAUCACCAACUUAAAUUUAACAAAAUUUAAAAAAAUUAACAAUGCAUUAGAGCCCGACCAAAAUGAGAUUUUAAAGAACGAUUUCGCUAUUUGAGGAUUUCAAGAACCAAUAAACGAUAUAUCGGCU